AUGUAUUUGUUUCAGGAAAGACUCUUAUACUUCGCACUAGAACAGAUGAACCUCGAAGAUUUGAUAGACAUGUUUCCUGACAUCGAGCCAUUUCUCAUUCGAAAAUGGCACUAUGCAUUCUAUACAUUCUUCGAUCUCACGGGUGAUGAGGUAAUUGAGUGGAACGACUUUGAGCAACUCAUCGAAGCCAUAGGAUCAGUUCGAGGAAUGGGUGGUGAGGAACAUAUCGCCGCAAGAAUAAGGCUGGGAGAGAUCUGGCAUUCAAUGUGUAACGAACUAGAUAAGGACUACCACGACAAAAUCACCAUGGUGGACUGGAUUGGGAUGUGGGCGAAGUCCUGGUCGGCUGCUAAGGAACCUGCAUGGCAGAAGGCCUACCUCGACUACAUGUUCCAUUUGCUCGAUGCGUCUGGUGAUCAGUUGGUCGAUUUGGCUGAGUACGUAGAAGUACUGGGAUACUUUUCCAUACCAAGAGAGGACGCUGUUGCAUGCUUUGAUAGAUUUGCGGUGAACUCAAAAGGAACACACUUCAAUUCCAUUGACCUCAAAAAGUUCAGCGAAUUGUGGCAACAAUACUUCCAUUCAACAAAUAUCAAUGACGACGGUAACCAUCUUCUCGGAAUGCCACCAUAAGGACCCAAAAACAGCUCUAUUCUGGACAAAUGUUUUUUCAUCGUUUUAUGUGCUCUGACGUUUUCUAUCCGAAUCGAUGGAUGGUUUUUGUUAUGAACAUAAAACGGCAAAUGUAUAUAUGGACGGCAAUGCCACGAUUCUUCUACGAUUUGCACUUUUUACACAGCUCGCAGCGCUUUUUCUAUUCUUUGUAUCUAAAAUAUCUUUAUCGAUUUGAGAUUUCAAACCCUCCGUUGUAAGCCUCCUCGACCUUUAUAAGAUGUUCGCUUUCUAUUCAAAAAGAAUGAUCCUGACUGUAAUCUGAUUUUACGCUAAAAUAUAUAGCAGAAAAAACUUUCUUCCGUUUAGAAGGGAAGAACUUCAACCCGCACUAGUGCUCUGGAAUACAAUGUAUGUCGCUGUCCCAAAUUCGCCUUCCUUAUCUAGUGUACGAUUCUAUAGAAGAAGCAAAGUCAUCCUAGAACUGGAGCAGGGCAUUCGCGGCAGAGCCGGGCGGACGCCACCCUCAUUUCGAGCAAGUACAUAUUUUUUCACUCUUGUUUUUGAAA